AUGGCGGAAAUCGAGAACCGUGGCCCGCAGCUUGUGGCCGUCGGCUUGACUCUCGUCAUCUCAGCCUUCGUAGCCACUGUCCUCCGGUGUUACGUCCGAGUCUUUCUAGUCAAGAACUUUGGAAUUGACGACUGGUUUAUGGUUAUUGCUACUUUAUUCUUUAUUCUCUUCGUAUCCAGCGCAUUGACAGGCGUACACUAUGGCACAGGCCGUCACCGUGUAAACCUCAGCGAUGAGGACUGGGAGUCCGCCAUGAUGUAUUGGUGGUAUUGCUAUCUUUGGUACUGUCUCGCCAUGAUCGCCUCGAAAAUUUCCAUCGGCUACUUCCUUCUUCGAAUAACGGUCCGCAAACUCGAUAUUUGGAUCAUAUACAUUGUCAUGAUGUUGACAGUCUGCACCGGCGUUGUCUUCUUUUUCGUCACUCUUCUCCAAUGCCAGCCCAUCUCCUACUUCUGGAAUCAAAGCACUCAGAAUGGGCAUUGCGUCCCAAUGGAUGUCAUCAUCGCCCUCACCUUCCUUUACAGCGCCUUCAGUGUUAUCUGCGACUUUACCUUUGCCAUCCUGCCUAUUGUCCUCAUCUGGAAGUUGAAGAUGAACCGUAAGACGAAGUUGGCACUUGUGCCCGUUAUGCUUAUGGCCUGCAUCGCCAGCUCCGCCGUUGUUGUACGCAUGCCGUUUGUGUCAGACUUCAAGAACCCGGACUUUCUUUAUGCGACAGUGGACAUCGCCAUUUGGUCUACCGUCGAGCAGGGUUUGGCUUGCACCGCAGGCAGCCUUGCAACCCUCCGCCCGCUGUUUCGGCUCGUAGGAUAUCGACUAGGGUUCACCUCUAUGGGUCCCUCCCAGCUCCACGACUCCGAACGCGGGGAUCCAUCCGCCAAUAUGGGUGGCAAAGUCAAAAACGUCAGCAAUGCCGAUUCGAGUCGUCAGCGACGUGGGCCCUUCAGUCUCACCACUUUCAUGGCCAAGGACGAUGUCGACAGCCAAGAAAUCGCAAAUGGCGAGUCAGACCGGAGUCUGCAACAUAAGCCGUCAAACAAGCGCGAUCGCGGAUGGGAGUCUACGGGGAGGCGCGAUAACGAGAGCGAAACCGAACUCACCUUUCAAGCUUCAAAGGAGUCAACAGGGAGCGACCGUGAGAACAUCACCGUCAUUCAAACAUUCUCAUUACGGGAAGACCGUUUGUGA